GGAACAUGAAAGAUAGAUGGCGAUUCAUUUUCGUGAUGCCAUUAUCGUCACAUGCCUUCUUAGUUUGCAGUUUUUGUCGGCAGUUAGAUGGAAGCACGCGGUUGAAAGAGUUAACUACGUAUCGUAAUACAAAAAUCAAACGCGCAUGGGUUUACAUUAAAUUUCUCUGCAUAUAAUCAAGAGUAUGGCAGCUAAGAUGCAACAUUUCGAUCCACCAAGCUCAGCAAGUUCUGACAGUGAGGAUAGAGAAAUUUGUUUGGACGAGAGAGAAAUUUUUCUGGCCGAUGACCUGUGUGAAGAGGCUGAAUAUUACAAGCGUUCUGAUAUCGCGACUCCUACGCCGCAAUCUCCGAGACCACCUUCGAGGGGAUCUCAGAGAUCUCCUAGAUCAAGAAGGCAACGUACUACCAGUUUAUCGCAGUCCAGCAAGAAAACCUCUGCAGAGUCCAUUAUUAGAAGUAAGACAAGAACAAUAUAUACAGCUGGUAGACCACCAUGGUACAAUUCAGCAGGACAACAAGUGGAGCCUUUUGUGAUAAGUAUUUGUGGAGGUAGCGCAUCCGGUAAAACUACAGUUGCAACAAAAAUCAUAGAAUCUUUGGAUGUACCAUGGGUAACACUACUUAGCAUGGAUUCAUUCUACAAAGUAUUAAACGAAAAACAGCACGAAAUGGCUGCGCGUAACGAAUACAAUUUCGAUCAUCCCGACGCUUUUGAUUUUGAGCUACUUCGAACAACUUUACAGCGUUUGAAAGAAGGUAGAAUGGUGGAAGUUCCUAUUUAUAAUUUUGUAACACAUCGUAGAGAAAGUAGAACUAAAACAAUGUAUGGUGCCAAUGUUAUUAUAUUUGAGGGAAUAUUUACUUUUUACCACGUCGAUGUUUUGAAGAUGUGCGACAUGAAGGUAUUUGUUGAUACUGACGCUGACGUGAGGCUCGCGCGGAGAUUACGUAGAGAUAUAUCUCAAAGAGGACGAGACUUAGAAGGUGUUUUAAAGCAGUACAGUACUAUGGUGCAACCCGCUUUUUACUAUUAUAUAGCUCCACUAAUGGUACACGCAGAUAUCAUUGUGCCACGUGGUGGAGAAAACGAAGUCGCGAUAGAACUUAUUGUACAACACGUACAUACCCAACUUCAAUUGAGGGGUUUCAAACUCAGAGAAAAAUUAGCUCACUCGUUUAUCGGUCAGCCAUUACCAUCUUCUCUCUACUUGCUUCCAGACACGCCACAGAUUAAGGGUUUGCAUACAUUUAUAAGGAACAAGGAAACGUACAGAGAUGAAUUUAUAUUUUAUUCUAAACGUCUGAUACGUUUAGUUAUCGAGUAUGCCUUGUCUCUUUUGCCAUUCGAGGACGUAACCGUAGAAACGCCUCAAGGAGUAUUGUACAACGGGAAACGCGGAGCUACAGAUAAGAUAUGUGGCGUCUCUAUCUUACGUGCUGGUGAAACGAUGGAACAAGCUGUUCGGGAUGUGUGCAAAGACAUAAGAAUAGGAAAGAUACUUAUACAAACAAACCAACAGACCGGGGAACCUGAGCUUUACUAUCUCCGGUUACCCAAGGAUAUCAAAGACUAUAGAGUGAUAUUAAUGGACGCAACGGUGGCAACGGGUGCUGCUGCGAUUAUGGCUAUCAGAGUUUUACUGGACCACGACGUUGCCGAAGAGAACGUGUUGCUUGCGUCUUUGCUUAUGGCGGAAUCUGGCGUUCAUUCAAUCGCCUACGCGUUUCCGCGCGUUAAAAUUGUUACUUCUGCCCUGGAUCCUGUGAUAAACGAAAAGUUCUAUGUGUUACCGGGUAUCGGUAAUUUUGGAGACCGGUACUUCGGCACCGAGCCGUCUUCGGUCCAAGAUUAAUGCAGCUCAAGAGGAUCUGAUCCACGAAUCUACUUUUUAUUUAUCGAAUUUUGGAGUUAAAGUGGCGUUGUGUCGACGUUGGAGCCAAUUUCGCCUGCCUCGGCAGCGGCACCCGUGCUGCGUAAUUGUCUGUAACCUCGUGAA